ACGCGGACACCGCAAAUGUGUAAGUAUAUUUUUUUGCUGUACGUUAGCAUUGAUUGAAAUACGUUCUUCCAUUGUGUGAAAAGAAAAGAUUAAGUAAGCAAUUUUCUAAUGAGCCAAAAAAAAUUUGUGGCUUAAAAAAGAAUUUAUUUUGUUUCACUCAAACAAAAACUUGGAAAGAUUAUAUAAAAAAGUAUCAAUAAAUAAAAACGAUUCAGAAACCAAUGGUUUCAUCUUUAAGGAAGGAUCUUAUGUAAAAUGUGUUAAUUAUCUGACUGUCAAUAUUAUGAUUAAUUGCAUUGAAGAAAAAACCAAUGAGGAGCAUCAUCGUUAUUAGACAGAUUAGAAAUUGAAAGCUGUUAAAAUAUCUAGCAUUCAAUGGCAUCGUAUCUUAGCGCACGGACUGCUCCACAAUUUGAUUACUGCGAGGAUUCAGACGUACCAUAUCGAAAAAGCAAUACUGAUGAUUACACGUGUUCGUAUCCGAUAUUUAAUACUGACCAUCAAAAAUCAUUUGAUAUGUAUCGAAGUUAUAACCCUAACCAACAUGGAAGCAAUCAGUUUACUUUUAAUCACUCAAUCACACACGUAAACUUAAUAAAUAAUCGGUUGCAGAUACCAAACAGUUCUAGUUACAAUUCGUUUCAGGUACCAACUGAUAAUAUGAACUUAAUGACCCAUUUUUUGGAUCCUUAUCAUAAGUCUGAUAGUUUAAAUAGAAAUUUUGGGCAUAUUUUAAAUAGUUACCAUCUACCAGCAAUGGUUAACAACUCAUUAGCCGCUAUAGAAAGUUAUCCAAACUCUCACGGGUAUCCAAAAAUAUCACCUGUUAUAAACUUUAAUAUUAACCAAUCACAGAUACCACCUCCUUUAAUUGGGAGUAAUCGAAUAAAAUCCGACGAAGCAUUCACAUCAACAUUUUAUUCUGACACUCUGGGUGGAAUAUCAACAAAUGGGCUACCGAUGCUACACAAUGUCAAGGUGACAGAAUUAUCAGAAAAUGGAAAAACCUCUCGUGAUCACGACGUUGAUCAGGCGGACGAAACUCAAAAAUGUAAAAACACUAUCGAAGGUACUAAAACAUCUGUUCGUAGGUUUAAACGUUGGUACAAAGAAAGACACCACAAAGAAUUAGAUAUGAAUUCAGUAAACCGUUUUAACGCUCCAGAACUAUUAAAAGACUUUUUUCUUGACAUUCGUGACACAAGACCGGGUAGAGUUGGUAACGAAUACGAACCAGUUACUUUGACAACAUAUAGAAAUGGGCUUAGACGUUUUUUUUUAUAUAGAAAAGUUCCUCCUGCUCCAGAUAACUUUGAUUUAACUGAUAAAGGUUUUGACAUUGUUAACCGUCAUCUUGUAACUAAAAGAGACGAUCUCAAAAGAAAGGGAAAAGGUAAUCAUCCGAACGCUAUUGAGAGCAUAACUCCUAAUCAGUUAGAAAAAAUGUGGGCUUCGGGCGCAAUCGGUACUCACGCUCCUCGGCCUUUAUUAAGACUAAUGUGGUGGUAUAACACUGUGUACCAUGGUGUUAGAGGGCGAAUGGCGCAUCACGAGCUUACUGUCGAUGACUUUAUUAUGAAAAGAGAUAUUGAUGGCAAAGUUUACAUGGUGUACGUUAAAAAAAACUACGUUCAAGAUAAUAUAAAUAACAACAUGGAACCCCCCAAAAAAAAGAAGUGUAAAGGGUUAGUUAAAGAAAGUGACGGAGGAGAGAGAGAUGCUAUACGCGCUUUUGAAAUAUUCAAAGCUCAUCGACCACCAGGUAUUGCUUCUUUUUAUUUAACUCCUAAAACUAAACCAAAAGGAGAUAUAUGGUUUAACAAAGUACCAAUGGGUAAAAAUUCUAUUGGUCGUGUGAUGAGGGAGAUCAAAGCCAUCUCUGCUAUAUAACCAAUGUCUUUAUUUAGAUUUUUAUAUCAAGUUAUUUUUAGAUGUAUUAUUGUUAUAAGAAGCGUUUAUUAUAUGAAAUGUUAAUUUAUUAUUUUUGUAAAAACUAUAUUAGUUGUAAACAAAGAAAUGUUGAAGUUUAGGUUUUUUAA